AUGAGGCUUCUCAUCGCCCUGCUGCAGUUCUACAUUUUUGGACUUGCAUAUUGUAGCGAUGGAUACGUCCGUUAUGAUUCCGGUGACUACAUCGCCAUGGCAUGUCAAACUGCCGUCCAGGCAACUUUCUGCAGUGCGAAAUUUAAAUCCAAUUGUUCCUGUGUGAACGUGGAUUCACUGGGCUCGUAUGUCUACUGUGGAUAUCAAGAAGCAAGUAAUGCAAAGGAAAAAAGCUCCUUUGAGCAUUAUUUGAUGGGUAUGUGCGAGGAGUUGACAGAGGAUAAAAUAGCAGCCGUUUACAAGAAUGUUACAGAUUACUUGGUUGAUCCAGCAAAGGUCGAGGGGUUUAAUAAGACAAAAAUCAUAAACUAUCCUGUGUACUAUAAUAAGCAAACGUUUGGUUACGCAUAUUUAUCCAAUAGGUACAGGUGGCAGAAUUUCGACCGUGCUAUCGCUUGGGGGUCAGGGUUGUUGGGAUUCUGGGCUUUCUUAAUCUUAUUUGGAGGCAUAGACCAUUGGGCCUCUCGGUUAUUUCCUGCGCUUUCUAUGCAUGUUAAAAAGGCCAUUGGUCGUUGGAAGGUUAUUAGACUCUUAAGGAAACAUGUAUCACUGCCUGCCCUUUUCAAUAAUAAGCAUAUGACCCGCAACUUUCUUCAAGGUAUGAUACCGACAAGAUUAGAGACAAUAGUCCUUUCUCUGUUUUUCUGUCUGUUGGUAAUUGGUGAAGCCACCAAUAUUCACUACUUACCGAAUGGUACGAUUUGGAAAGGAAGAAGAAUACAAUUGACCCGCUACGUAGGUGACAGAUCAGGUGUCAUUUCCAUCUUUCUGAUGCUGCCCACAUACUUAUUCGCAGGAAGGAAUAACUUCCUGCUUUGGAUUACCGGCUGGAAGCAGUCGACAUUUUACACUUAUCACAAGUGGCUGGCCCGCAUGACAGUCAUGUCAUCCUUUGUGCAUGUAGUAACCAUGUUACUGAAUUCUUACUGGAAUGACAAGAUCGCCACCAGGAAAUACAAGCCUUGGUGGCGAUGGGGUUCUGUAGCAAUGGUUGCUGGAGGAAUUAUGUUUUUCCAGUCGAUGGCGAUCUUGAGAACCAGAUGUUAUGAAUUGUUCUUAUACAUUCAUAUUCUGAUGGCGGUCUUCUUUCUCUGCGGCGUGUGGAUCCAUUUGUCAUACUUUGCGUACACUCAAUGGGCAUACGCAGCAGCUGCUAUAUGGUGCUUUGACCGUUUUCUCAGACUUGCCAGGAUUGGAACUAUGGGAAUUAGGACAGCACAAGCCUCCGUCAUUUCCGAUGAAGUCAUCAUGCUGACUAUGAAGCAUGGCCCGGGAUUCAAGAAGCCGACAGCUGGUUCGUUUGGUUACAUUUAUUUCUGCAAGAGCUGGCUAUUUUUCCAGUCACAUCCGUUCACAGUUCUCCAAGAUGACGAUGGAAACAUCAAGUUUUUGAUCAAAGUCAAGAACGGCGUUACUAGGCGCCUUUACUCUCAGAUAACCAGCGGGCCUGAAAACUCUCAUGAGAUUAAAGUUGCUGUAGAAGGAUUCUACGGUGAGUACAAGCCCGCGUUCGCGUACGACCAGGUCGUCAUGAUCGCUGGCGGUAACGGUAUACCCGGGCUUUACGAAUACAUUACUGACAUUAAGGAAAAGAGAAUGGCAGGAAAGAGCAAGACCAAAUUCGUCAAGCUCUACUGGGUAAUAAGAAAUUGGCACAGUUUGGACUGGUUCUUCGACGAACUGAAAGCUUUGCAACAGUAUGAUUUCGUCGAAACUGUUGUGUACGUUUCCAGAUACCAUGAUGCUAAACUGGGUGCUCGGUUUGAAAACAACGCUUCAACUGAUUCGUCAAUACGCGGCGGUACCCCCAACGAGAAGGACGAGACGCUCGAAAAGGAGGUAUCUUUGGACUACUCAUGGCUAGAACCCAUUACCAAGCAGCUUCCGCACGUUGCCUUCAGGGACUCGAGACCUGACCUCCCUCAGUUGCUCCAUUUGGACAUUCAAGAAGCGGCACAGCAAGACGACAUCGCGGUGAUGACCUGUGCCCAUCAUGCUAUGUGUGACGAUGUAAGAAAGACCAUUGCACGAGAAGCCGGAGAAUUCAGAAAUGGCAGAAUUGAGUUAUUCGAACUUCUGCAAAGUUGGUAA